AUGUUUGCUGUUGAUCCUGCAGUACGACCAGUCCUAUGCCCAAUGCCUGGCGAAGUGCCAUUUCGCUACGAUCCUGUGAAGAAAUAUGAACUAUACAAGAAAGCGUGGACUGCAAACCCACCUCCUGGGGAGAAGAAACGAUUGUCACUGAGGUGGAAAGUGCGCGAGUUUAUGUUGCGAAAGGAUGUGUCCAGAAUAAAAGCGUCUGAUUUAGCACGAAGAAGAGUCUCAAAUCCCAGUUGGUCUCCGCGUCCCUAUCACGAUUAA